GACCCGCCGCCUUCUUGCUACGUCGACGCUGUGUGUGUCCUCAAGCAGAAAUCCCACCACAUUAACGUACAAGACCACUGUCUGAUCUAUACAGGGGUGCCUUUAUCAGCACGGUAGCGUUUAAAUCGACUGACAGCAGUCAAGACUCGGAUUCUCAGCAGUGAUGGCGUAUUUCGGCUGUUGCAGAGGCGUCAAUGCGCGCAUGUUGUUCCUCACGGCAUGUGCCAUGAUCGAAUACAUCGCUCAGACUGUAGUGUUGGUGCUGGGGCCGAUGCUGACGCUCCAUUUCUAUCCGGAGACGUCGUUCCAUCGGCUGGGCUUCUACACGGCCAUCAUCUCCGGCUCAGGUUUUCUCGGUCACGCAUUAAGCUGCGGCUUCUGGAUCAAUUUAGCGCGCUCUUUAAAGAGCAGCAAAGGUGUGAUUCUAUGGGGAUUAGCCGUCACAGGAGCUGGGUUCUUUAGCUUACUGCUAUGCAAGAGUUUGGUAGCCAUGUCGCUCGUGCGAUUCGCCACCGGACUCAGCAGCGGCGUGUUGCCAGUUGCUCUCAUCGAAAUUGACAACAUCUGUGGCAACAGACAGACCAAACUGGCGCUAGUGACCAAGACUUUGGGCGUGGGGAUCGGAGCUAUCGGCACUUUCGCCGUCAUCACACUGAGUGCGAAGCUGCCAGACAAGUCAAACGAAGACCCCGCUACAAGAGACUCGUCCUUGUAUCUGUAUCCGUUCUGCUUUGUCUCUAUCCUCGCGUGGGUCGCAGUCAUGGUGAUGCUACUGGGGCUGCGUCUACGAAGCCGGACAGCAUACACGCAGCUAGCAGAAGAAGAAGACGAUUUCCUGAACUUUAUGCCUCAAAUUCAGAUCGAUGCACAGGCUUCACCACGUUCGUCAACCAGUCUGAACACAAGCAGUACAAGCAGCAGCGAGAGCGGCAGUCCAAUGUCUACUACUGUCGCCCACGUCAAGUCUGUGUUUGGAGAGACGUUUGGACGCACUGCCAUGGGGUUGGGAUUCAAGAAAGCACUUACAACACCGGCGAAAAUCGCAGCAAUCAAGUUAUUAGCGACGCCACAGCCACAUUUCCGACUUAUCCGAGGGAUCCUACCGCAUUAUUUCCAUGGCUACACGUCGGACGGCCACUUGAUCGUCUGGGAUUUCGUGGGGCGUGUCAAGAUGGACAAACUCUUCGCUGCGGGCUUCACGACGUCGGAUUUACGUGACCAUUACCGGUUUUUCUUGGCUUUUGCGCAGGAGACCUUACUGCGCACACCUACACAGAAGAUCGUGUACAUUGUCGACUUGGAUGGCCUUUCGCUUCGUGAUGCUGACGCUCGUGCCAUUGACAGUGUCUGUGCAGUAGUGAAGACACUGCAACGCGAGUUACCGGAUCGUCUACACGCUCUGACGGUUCUGAACUCCCCCGUAUGGUUUUCUCAAGUGAUGACAAGCAUUCGUCCCCAUCUCGCGAAGCGGACUGCAGAUAAAGUAUCGUUCUUGUCCAAGGAGACAGCUACUCAGGAUUUGAUUGCACUUGUCGGCGUCGACAGCUUGCCGCAACGUUAUGGCGGACGCAACGGCGUGGAGAUUGGCAAAAGCGCUCAAGAACGUUCACUGGACGAUCUGUUGAAGCGUACCACCGCGUCAUUGGAGCGUACCCUUGAGAUUGUGGCUACUCCACGAGCACGACGCACAAAUGUCACUCGAUCGCGUGCUAGUAGUAUCCGCAGUGAUGAAGGGAGUGAUGAAGAAGCAUUUUUCGACUGCUCUGAGUAUGGACUGCAAGGUGUUGAAGACUUGGAAGACCAGGAACCGGUGAUCUCGGUGGUUGUCCACUCUCAAUCGACUCCGUCUCCUAAGACUGAGCCUGUUGCGAGAACUAAUGCUGCAAGUUCUGGAGCGUAUCAACCAUUGGAGAAAAAGCAUAUGAAAGCGACUCGGCCGUCUCUGAAAGCUGUCGACAAGCCUGUACCUGAAUUGGCGAUCACAAGUGAACCUCUGGCGUGUUUAGUACUGCUGGUGUUCUUCUUCUGGUCGCUGGUACAACUCAGUUUCGAUGAGAUGUUGCCACUUUGGUUCUUCAAGCAGAAUCCGAUCACAUUGGGCGGUAGUGUCCAUGCUAAGCCGCCGUUGUCACGCUCGACAGUGUCGUCUAUCACGCUCACUGUCGCUGGCACGCUGGCAUCUCUGUCUCUGGUUGUUCUAUUGGGUCAGAUCGCGUCGAGUGUGCUGUGUAACUCGAGUCGUAACUCUAUGACGCCUCUUGCUACGCUGCGUAUCGGCUUGAUCCUCCAGAUUCCCAUCUUGGGCUGCUUCCCGUUGAUCGACCUCUUCAAGGUGGAUGAAUUACCUUUCGCGUGGUUUAUGGUGGUCGGUGUACUUGUGAUUAAGCAACUCGUUGCCGGUAUUGCGUCACACGGCAUCAUGGCGUUGCUGGACAACUCCAUCGCUGUGGAUAGACGACUAGCAGUGCAUCGAGCAGCUCAACGCGUACGCUACUUCAGUCAUUUCAUUGCGAGUGGCGCAGCUCCUGCGUUGUUCGCGCUAUUGGGCUAUUUCGAGCAAGCGUUCCCGUUCGACCAGAGUCUGCUGUACUUCGUGCAAGCGUUGGGACUUGUGUUUCUGCUCUUCUUCUCCAUUGCUAUUCCCAGUCGAAUGAACUUCCCCGUGUUGUUCAGCAUGGGCAAACGGUGA